AUGGAGAAGAAGGAGGUGAAUGUGAAGAGGCAAGGGAGUGAGGCCGGCGACGCCGUCAAGCGGCCGAAAAUGGCGGCGAUUUGUGACGUCGGUGAGGCGGCGGAGGACGGGGAAGAUAUGAUGGCGUGGUUAACGCUGGACGACGAGGCAAUGACGGAGUUAUCUGAGCUUUUGGACUCGGAGACGUCGUCGCAGCAGCAGGGUUGCAGAGUGAGGUUCAUCGAGGACCCGUAUUCGCCGCCGGUGAUUUUCCAGUCCUCGGCGGCUUACAUUACCAUCAACGGCAACGAGGAGUCCUGCGGUUCGUCGUUUUCCGACUUGGAUUCCUCCAUGAUGGCCAGCAUCGACAUGGGCGGCGUCACGGGGGUGCUCGGAGGGUGGUCUAAGAAGGAGAAAGGCUGCGCGUGGGGGCCCGACGCUGACGAGGCGCGUGGGUGGAUGGUCGAGAACGAUGCUUUGGAAACGGAAAGACUUCUUGUCAACGACACGUACGGCUGUGAUUGGUCUAACCGUUGGAUCGACGAUGGCGAUCAUACUGACGAUUCUAUUUGGACUAACUUUCUGGGUGACAUGUGA